AUGUGGUCGUCUUCAACGUCUUCAUCAUCAUCCGGCUAUCCAACAUCAAUGAAUACAUCCAAUUCAUCAUUCGACUAUGCUUAUCCUCCAACAAAUCCAUAUUUAACGUCAACUCCCUCAACAACUAAAAUGCCUGCUCAUUCAGAUAGUCUGUUCCCAACAUCGCCUGUUAUUUGUAUGUACGAUAACUCAAUUGAUACAUAUUCAUCACCGUCUUCGCCGAAUAAUUGUCUUCAAAGAUCUAGUCCUCUAUGCUCAUAUUCAUCAUAUCCACACACCUAUCAAUCAUUUUAUUCUUGUACAAGUCCAUCAUCGAUAUCACCGUCUAGCACACCUAAUCCGAUCGUUUAUCCAACUUCGAAUGUUAUUCAAUUUCCAGAUUAUUUUACACCGCCCUAUCCAUUGUCAUCAACAACAUCUGAUUAUUCCGACAUUAUCACCGAUAAUUCUAACAGAUCCGAUCUAAUUCCACCCACAGGAAGAAGACGAAGACAGAGAACAAAUUAUACUAAAGAUCAAAUUCGUGCAUUAGAAAAAGUAUUUCAAUCUCAACAAUAUCCCGAUGUGCAUGAUAGAGAAGAUUUAUCAAAACGUUUAGAUAUUCCAGAAUCAAGAAUACAAGUAUGGUUUAAAAAUCGACGUUCGAGAUUACGGGCUAUAAAAACUCCACAUACAGUUCCGUCAAAUAGUUGGAAUAAUAUACCGCGAUAUUCAGAUACUCCCUCACCAAUUUUACAUAUGUAUGAUGAUUCGCCAACAGAUAUUUACUCAAAAAAUGUAAAUACUGCAACAGUUAUGAAUAAUGCUGUCUCAUCUCAGAGAUGGUCACCCUGUAAUCAAUACGCCAAUAAUCGAUGUUCAGUACAAUGUACAUCAACUUCAUACCAACAACUAUCGCCUCUGGCUCAUACUUCAAUUAUUUCAAGUUCACCUACGAUGAUCUCAGAAACAAAAUUGAACUCGUCAGCUUAUUAUCCAAAAAUGACCGCAACACCUCCAGCAAUGCAAUCCACUGUUCAUCCUUCUGAAGUCAUCUCGGACGGUUCUUCAUUUAAUAAUUCACUAUUAGCGUCAUCCCAAUAUACAUUAACAACAACAGCAACCACAGUGAAUCAUAAUUAUCAGAAUGUUAAUUUUAAUCAAACAUUUUUAAAUGAGACGUUUGGCAGAGUCCCACCGCUUGGACGAAGAAGAAGACAAAGAACUAACUACACGAAGACACAAAUCAGCGAAUUAGAGGCGACAUUUAGAUCUAUUCAAUAUCCAGACAUUUGUGCAAGAGAAGAUUUAUCGCUACGAUUAGGCAUUCCAGAAUCAAGAAUACAAGUAACAUCAAUAGAAGAAUAUAAAUUUGCAAACCUGCUCGGUACUGUGUACCAUAAAGGAAAUCUAUUAUUUACACCCGAUGGAAAUGCAUUAUUGACACCUGUUGGCAAUCGUAUAACAGUAGUUGAUUUAAAAAAUAGUCGAUCAGAAACAUUAUCAUUCGAAAGCGAAUUUAACAUUGUUUGUACGACAAUUUCGUCUCAGGGAUCAUUGUUAUUAGCAAUCAACGAAAAUGGACGUGGUUAUCUUUACAAUAUGAAAUGCAGAGUUCUAAUUGGAAUACAUCGAUUUGGACAUGAUGUACAUGCGGUUAAAUUUAGUCCAGAUUCAAAAUCAGUGGCCGUAUGUCGUGGUAACCGUUGUGAAGUUUAUACAUGUCCAAGUGCUGAAAGACAAUUUAAUCUGUUUACACUGAAGUUUGUCUUACGUUCAUUUCAUGAUAAAACAACAUGCAUCGAUUGGACAAAUGAUUCAAGAGUUCUUGCAGUUGGUAGUGCUGAUAUGACAACUCAAGUAUUUAGUGUACCAUUGUUGGACAAACUACAUCGUUUUACAUUAGCUGGUCAUGGUCGUGAGAUUAUUGGAGUCUUUUUCGAAUUGAAUUCAUUAAAUAUUAUGACAAUAUGUAAAAAUGCAAAAGUAAACUAUUGGGAAGCUGAUAUGGAAUUAUCAGCGAUGAAACCGUUUGUUUGGACUGAAGAUGACUAUUCAGAUUUAGAGGAGAAUGAUGUAGAUGAAAAUGAGCAAACUAAGACAACGAUGAAUAAUGAGGAACAAACAGCCGAAGAUAAUGAAGAUCUAGAUGAAAUUGUCGAACGUCAACGUUCAAAAUUAGAAAUACAACAAAAACGAUACGAAGAAAGAGCACUGAAAAAUAUGGGCAAACAUGAUCUGGUCAAAUUUAAACGUUUAGCAAAGCAUAAUUACAAGGAAUCAUUUGAAGGUGACCGAUCAGCCGUGUUAUUAUCGUGCAAUUAUCAUCAAAAAACACAUAUGCUCGUUGCGGGUUUUUCAAAUGGAAGUUUUUACCUACAUGAAAUGCCUGAUUUUAAUAUGAUACAUUCGCUCAGUCCGUUAGGAGAUUGGAUUGCUCUUGCAUGUCAAAACCUUGGUCAAUUAGUCGUUUGGGAAUGGCAAAGUGAAACUUAUAUAUUGAAACAACAAGGUCAUUUUAACAAUAUGAUCCAGCUGGCCUAUUCACCAGACGGUUUACAUAUCGCUAGUGGUGGAGACGAUGGUAAAAUUAAACUAUGGAAUACAUCAAAUGGAUUUUGUUUUGUGACAUUUUCUGAUCAUACAUCAACAAUAACCGGUUUAGAGUUUUCAUCAAAUGGACAGUUUAUUAUUUCUAGUUCAUUAGACGCAGCUGGUGAAAUUGUGUGUGCUGGCGGUUUUGAUUCAUUUAAUAUUUUUGUAUGGUCAAUUAAAACAGGAAAAUUACUCGACAUUUUGAGUGGUCACGAAGGUCCCAUCAGUGGAAUUGCUUUUGGUCGAAAUAAUAAUCAAGCUAUGUUAGCUUCUUGUUCCUGGGAUAAAACGAUGCGUACAUGGAAUUUAUUUGAAAAUCAGGGUUCAAGAGAAACGUUUCAGUUACAUACGGAUGGCUUAGGCAUUAGCGUUCGUCCCGAUGGUCAGCAAGUAGCCGUAUCCACAGUUGAUGCUCAAAUAUUGUUUUUUCAUCCUGAUAGUGGGCAACAAAUGGGCUCAAUAGAAGCAAAACAUGAUUUAGGUUAUGCACGUCGAGAAACAGAUAAAGUAACAGCAAAAAAGUUAACAUUCGGAAGAGCUUAUCGAAGUAUUUGUUAUACAUUAGACGGCAAUUAUUUGUUAGCUGGUGGACGUUCAAAAUAUAUAUCGUUGUAUAAUAUCCGUGAGCAAAUUCUUGUUAAACGAUUCGAAAUUACAUGUAAUAAAAGUUUUGAUGGUCUCAAUGAAUAUCUAAAUAGACGAAAAAUGACAGAAUGGGGAAGUUUGGCAAUGGUCGACAUGGAUAGAGACAACGAUCAAAAUGAAAAAUCAAUACGUUUACCAGGUGUAAAGAAGGGUGAUUUUAGUAGUCGUUAUUAUAAACCAGAACUUUUAGUGACAUGUGUGCGAUUUUCACCUACAGGUCGUUCGUGGGCAGCAUGUACGACCGAAGGUUUAUUAAUAUAUUCGAUUGAUAAUUCAUCAAUAUUUGAUCCGUUGGAUUUGAGUGAAGAGAUAACACCAUUAUCAAUUCGACGAACAUUGUAUGAUAAGAAAGAUGCGUAUUUGUCACUGAUGAUGGCAUUAAAAUUAAGUGAAAAGUCAUUAAUUAUUGAAAUUAUGGAAAAUAUAGCUGCACAAAAUAUCGAAUAUAUUUCUCGUUCAUUACCACUAUUUUAUGUUGAAUUAUUGCUGAAUUUUAUCAGUGAACAACUGCAAAAUUCUCGUCAUUUUGGAUUUUAUAUGUUAUGGACACAUCAUUUGUUAAUGAAUAAUACAAAUGAUUUGAAACCAAAUUCAUCCAAAAUUUUAACAACAUUAUGUAAUUUAGAAAAAAAUUUAACAUUGAAAUAUGACACUCUCGGAAAAUUAGUUGAUAGCAAUAUAUUCACAGUUCAGUAUUUAACAACUAUUGCAGCUACACAAAAUAGUGAAGAGCAACAUAACGGUAUUAUGGAUACAACUGUCUCAAAGUCCGAUGAAUCCCAAGAUCAAGAAGAAAAAGAAGAAGAAAGGACUGAGCAUUUGAAAAAAAAGACAAAAAAAAGAAAAAAGAAGCAAAAUUCAGUUGUUAAAUUUCAUCGUGUUGAUAAUAAUAGUCUAUUGUCAGAUGAAUUGAGUGAAUAA